UCAGACCAAAUGUUUUUUUGUUUUGUGACACUUUUUCCUAGUCAUGUUACUGGCUGUUUGGCGUGUCAAUAACCCAUCAAGUUUAACCAUUAACCUCGGUUGUGGCAGUUAGUAACGAUGGCGACCAUAGCAGAGCUGAAGUCUGCGUUAAAGGAGACGCUGCAGUCGAGAGGCGUCCUGGGACAGCUGAAAGCCCGAAUCAGAGCCGAGGUUUUUAACGCGCUGGACGACCAGAGCGAGUCGAGACCCGCUCUAUCCCACGAGAACCUGCUCAUCAACGAGCUGAUCCGCGAGUACCUGGAGUUUAACAAGUACCGCUACACCGGCUCCGUGCUGACUGCAGAGUCUGGUCAGCCCGUGGUGCCUCUGGACAGACAGUUCAUGGCGAAUGAGCUGAAUGUGGUGGAAGACCCCAGCUCCAAGUCUGUACCUCUCCUCUAUGGGAUGCUUGCCCAUUUUCUUAAUGACAGUAAGGGGGAGAAAGGUGGAAUGAUGUUCCUGAAGGGUCCGUCUGUGCCCGUCUCCAAAGAAAAUGGGUUCAGUCAGCCAAACGAGUGGAACAGAGGAGAUAUUCCAGAGCCGGGUCAGGUGGCUGGACCAAGCAACGCAGACCCUUUCACGCUGCGUGGUGGAUAUAGAUGACCGGGCUUCCUCACAGUGAAGUCAUGUUUCAUUUUAAAUUGCAGUAUGGCUACAUCUUCCCACUGUCCACACAUGGAUGAGACCCAAACAUAUUUUUUUUUAAAGAUUCUGGUUUACAGUGUGAAAUACACAAGCUGAGUGAAUGAAGUCCCAGGCCAGAUUUUGGUAGUUGGGUUUAUUUAUUAUUUUUACAAUGGGCUUUUAACAGAUAUUCCAAGGCACAGACAUCAAACUGUUCCUAUUAAACAGGAUUGAGGAAAAAGACAUGCGUGUUGGAAGUCCGUUAGAAGCAUGUGAUUCUGUAUGUGCUUAGACUGUUGUGGUUUAAAUGCAGUAAUGUUUAAUAUGUUUGCUAAUGUAAUUAGUUUUUUAAUGUAAAAAGUUAGUUUUGCCUAAUUUUUUAAAAGGUUAUUACUACUCAUGUUAGUGGAGCCUAUACAUUGUAAUUUUGUAGGUGACAACAAUAUCUGUAUUUGGAAAGCUUGACUGACAUGUAACAAAUCUAACUGGUUUAUUACCCCCACCGUUAAUUCUGGGUUGGGCAAUUCCAUUUCCUGAGAGCAUAUGUAUAUUUUGUCCUUGGUAUUGUGCUGAUCUUUUCCAGCAGAUGGUGCAGUUGCAACUUAUUUACACUCUAUGCGAGCUGGUUGCUGUUCUCUUUAAGCAAAUUUGGUCUAUUUACCAAAUUCUAUUACCCUGCAGCAUUUAAUUUAAGUGCCUACAGUUGUACAUUUCCCAAAACACUCAGUUCUUAAAUCUGCUGUUUUUUGAGAGGGAGCUGCUUGUGAUUUGAUCAUUAAAAUUCCGUUUUUAAAACCUG